UUGAGAAAAAUGGUAAACCAAAUAGCAUACACUCAAAGACUCUAUUCUCUGUCUCCUCUUCAUCUCUCUCUAGUUCCUCUCCUCUUUCUAUCUUCCUCCCUCUACAAAAUCGCUCUAUCCUUCCGCCACACUCUCUACCACUUUGGAUUCCUUCGCAAACACAGGUUACCAGUGCCGGUGAUCAGCGUCGGGAAUCUGACGUGGGGUGGUAAUGGAAAGACUCCAAUGGUCGAAUUCAUUGCAAAUUGGUUUGCUAAUGAAGUUGGGGUUUCACCUCUCAUUCUCACCAGGGGAUAUGGUGGCGCUGAUGAAGCAAAAAUGCUUCAAAGGCAUUUCAAUGGAACCUCUGUAAAGAUUGGUGUGGGUGCAAAUCGAGUGGUUACUGCUGCUUCUUUUCUUCAUAGAUAUGGUUUUAUUUACCCUCUUGAUAUCACACGUUUUGAGAAACCGACACCAAAAAGCCGAGUUGUUUCUGAGAAAAUUGGAGUUGCAAUUUUUGACGAUGGAAUGCAGCAUAUAAGCAUGUUUCGUGAUCUAGAGAUUGUGAUGGUGAAUGCGUUGUCGCCAUGGGGAAACCUCCAAUUGCUACCGUUUGGACCUUUAAGGGAGCCUUUGACUUCCUUUUCUCGUGCUGAUGCCGCUGUGAUCCAUCACGCCGAUAUGGUACAUGAUCAUAGUCUUUCCGUUAUCAAAUCAAUAAUUCUUGAAACGAAUCGGUUUCUCCCUAUAUACCUAUCGGCAGCAACUCCUUCGCACUUCUUUAAGGCAUCAAAUAUCUCGUGCCGAUUACCUUUAGAUGUCGUGUUUGAAAAGACCGUUUUAUGUGUUUCCGCAAUUGGUUCUCCUAGUUCGUUCGUGCAGAGGAUUGAGAAGAUGGGUGCGUUAUAUGUUGAUUCGCUAGACUAUAGCGACCACCAUCAGUUUCAAAUGAAGGAUAUCGAGAUGAUCAAAGCAAGACUUCAAAAUCUCAAGAACAAGUUUGGUUCCAAACCCACCAUUGUUGUGACAGAAAAGGAUUAUGAUCGAGAUAACAAGAUUCUUAUAUGGUUGGACCCAUUCGAUGUUUUCGUGUUAUGUUGCAAACUGCAGAUUUUACGUCACAACGGUUAUUCUGAAGAUACCUUCAAGAUGCUACUGACCCGAUCCUUAUGUUGAAUCGGGCAAACCUUGAGGGUCAAUUUAACUGGCGAACAAAUGCCUGAUCCUGGGGCUCGGGUUCCUCCCUGUAAGUAGUCGGUUCGACUAUUUG